AGUAUUAGUAGUAUUUCCUUUUGUUUCUUUCUGGGAUUGUCGUCCUCAUCAUCGUCCAGUACGAUGGAAGAACUUUCUCAACAAGUUAAUGACCUAUUACAAUCAAGAAGAUAUGAUCCUGAUAUAUUAAUAGACUUGGAAAGAUAUGUAGAGGCACAGUGUUUGGAGGGAGCUUAUGAUGGUGACGCCAAUUUAGCUUGUUUAAAGCUUUAUCAGUUUUAUCCGGAAAAAACUAACUUUUCCAUCGUAUCCAAAAUUUUAUUGAAAGCUUUGGCAGCACUUCCUAGUUCUGAUUUUAUCAGUUGUUUGUAUUUACUUGGUGAGAAAACCCAACGAGAAGUUCCUGUAGCUACCGUGAUAAGUUGGGCAGAUGCCUUGGAAUCUGGAAACUUUGUGGACUUUUGGAAUAGUCUACAAAACAACAAAGAUAUCAUAAAAGGAUUGCCAGGUAUAGAAGACUCGUUUCGAGAGUUUAUGUUGGCUGUCAUUUCUCGUACUUAUUUCCGAAUUCAUUUGUCGGUAUUGCAGAAGUUACUUUGUUUGUCUCAAGAUGACUUGAUUCGCUUCUUAAACAAACAUGGAAUGACAAAUAUUACAAAUGAUAUUCUUCAGUUUCCAAGUACGGAAGAAAACCAACCUCGUCCUAAAACUAUUGGAGAACAAUUGCCUUUAAGAAAAGUACUCGAGUCCUUGAGUAACUAUUCUAUUCAUUCAUAAAAAAGGGAAAAGAUUCGUAUUUCAUGAUCAUCGCAUCCAGUUAUGACAUAUUCUUCAUUGUUGGUUAUAGCAAAGUCUAAUAUGGUAUCAGAAUGUCCAUGAAAUAUUUUUAUACAACUUGCUGUUCUUAUGUCCCAUAAACGAAGCGUAUGAUCUGCUGAGCCGGAUAAUAAAAGUUGGCUUGAGUUUCCCAUCAACCAUUUCACCUUUACAACCGCACCUUCAUGUUGCCAUCGAUAUCUUUGAAUGGACCUUUCCAUAUCCCAAACAGAUAUAGUUGCAUCUGUU